UUGCUGCUGGGUGCUUUAUUUGGGAUUGGCGGCUGCUGGUCGUGUUUCCCCGUUUUCAUCUCAGCUCUAAGAUAUGCAGUUUUACGCCCAUCACCCUCUCCCUCAGCGGAUUGUUAAGUCUACCAGUAGUUUGUCUUCUUCUUCGUCUGCUGCUCUUGCCCGGGGAAAAUAUCGCAUAUGGGAACAGACGGCGCUUGAAAGGGCUAUUGAUGCCAAAAGGAGUGGGCUUUCGUAUAGACGCUCUGCUGCAAUGUAUGGAAUACCAACCACAACCUUGCAUGAUCAUAUGUCUGGCAAGAUAGAAAUUGGUGCUAAGCCAGGCCCGAAACGUUACCUCAAUGACAAGGAAGAAGAGGAAUUGGCCGGUUUUUUGGUUCAGGUCGCAGCUAUUGGUUACCCUAAAACCAAAACAGGUUCUUGCCUUAGUACAGCAAAUUAUUGAAAGUAAGGGGAUUUCAGCUACAGUGAGUAAUGGGUGGUGGGAGAGGUUUGUUGUGCGCCAUUCAGAGCUUACUCUUCGUACGGCAGUCCUACUAUCUUUAGCGCGUGCGAAGGCUACUGACCCGGAUGUAUUUGCAAAAUAUUUUGAUAUACUUGAAGAGUGUUUCCUUCAAAACGAAAUAUUUGAUAAGCCUUCUGCCAUAUAUAAUUGUGAUGAGACGGGCCUGCCUCUGAACCCUGCAUGUGGGAAAGUGGUGACCAAGGCCAGUCGUAAGGAUGCGAAUUUCGUAACAGGAGGGGAUAAAUCCCAGGUUACUGUUCUUGCGUGCACAAGCACCGCCGGAUUUGCCCUGCCGCCAUUCGUAAUUUUUGAUCGCCAGUCUCUGAACCAAGGAAUGACAAAGGGUGAGGUCCCGGGGACCUUGUAUGGCUUGUCUCGAAACGGGUGGAUUAAUAGUGAGCUCUUUUAUCAUUGGUUUCUUCAUCACUUUCUUCAGUAUGCUCCACCAACACGUCCACUGAUUUUACUUCUAGAUGGGCACUCGUCACACUACUCGCCUGCCACGAUAAAUCCUGCUCGUCGAAGUAAUGUGAAGCCACUUAUGGCUUCGACACCUAAGCCAUCUUCUCACAGCGAACACUCACUCUCCGACUCCGAAGUUUCACUUACUAUCAAGUCUCCACAAAAUGCUUCAUCAUUACGCCAUACGUCUUUUGAUGAUAGCUGGUGUUCGAAAGCUCCAGUUCCACUUAGGCAAACAACCAGCAUCAGUAAAUUUCUACCACUACCGGCUCGACCUAGUCAAUUAGAGACAAAACACGGGAAAUCGUCUGGAUGCGUGCUUACUAGUCAGGAAAAUUUACACUUACUGGAAGAAAAAGCCGCGAAGAAGCAAGAAGCUCUCAGGCAGAAAGAGGAGAGAAAGAGGCGUAUUGAAGAUCGAAAGCUACAGCAUACAGGCCGAGGGAAGGAUGAGAAAACCAAAUGUAAAAGAAAACCUGUAAAAGUUUCGUUUGCUCAAACUUACGAGAACAGUAUGGUGGAAGAAAAUGACGAAACUCCCUGUUGCAUCAGACCUGGCAGUUCUGAACCACAAAAGGUGAUUAAAGGAAACGUUCCUCGGACUUCUACUGUCCAGCCAGUGGGACUGAUAUCAGAUCGACCACAACCACUUCAGCAGAAAAAUACAGACAAAACUUCUACUGGACCUGGUUCAAAAAAUGAGACGACAUCGAGGAUCAAGGGCCUACGAACAGGACUAAGAUCUGCCACGGCAAAGCUGCCAAAAGAUACAGGAAAAAAGAGUCCGGCAGUCGCAACUACACUAUCUGUACCACAAAGCAGGAAGGAGCGAGACUCAAAGAUGGACUCUGAUAGGACACCAGGGCAGUGGACAAAAGGCUUAAGAUCACAACUGAGAUCAAGUAAACCAGACCACAAAAAAGCUACUUCUUCUGAUGCACCCAUCAGUUCUGGCUCGAAGAAUGAGACCGACCAAUCAAAGUCCACAGGUCUACGGACAGGAUUACGAUCAGCUAGAAGUGCCACAGCAAAGCAGCUGAAAAAUCCAGGAAAAGAGUGUUCCGCAGUCACAACAACACCACCUGUAACACACAGCAGGAAGAGAGUUACUGACAGUAAGACAGGCUCUGAAAAAACGCCAGUGCAGAGACACGCAGGUCUAAGAUCAGGAGUUAGAUUGAGCAGAGCAACUGCUAUGCGUCCUACAGGUAUUAAGACUGAACCAAAACGGGCUGCUAUGGACCCUGUGGCAAAAACAAAUUGUGAGAGUCAGAAACCAGACUGUAUAGUAGUGUCUGAUACUGAUCCUGACCCAGACUAUUGGAUAAAGGAGCUUGACCUAUUUGACUUGGAUCUACAAUGUCUGAGGGACGGCAAGGAUUUAUCAGAGAAUGUAAUUAAUGCCGCUCAAGUGGUGUUGAAAACACAGUUCAAAGUAGAAGGUUUCCUCGCUACUGCUAAGAGUCAGUCCCUGAAGUAUAGCUCCUUGUCUGAAGGUGUUCUGUGCGUGCAAAUUCUUUAUACAGGUGCUCAUCAUUGGAUAUGCACUGCACGUUGGACAACUGGUCCUGUCCAGUUGUAUGAUAGUAGAGCAAUUGUCUCUGAUCCUAUGACCCCAGAAAUAAAGCUCCAACUUUCAAAGCUCUUCUCUCCUCCUCAGUCAAAGUCUUCCUUGCGCAUUGAAAUACUACCAGUUCAGCAACAAGAGGGUGUCCACGAUUGCGGGCUCUUUUCUAUAGCCUAUGCUACUGAGGUUCCACAGCUAAGGUGA